AUGUUGCCAUCACAAUCACAAGUUCCAGAAAUUGGUAGCAAAUUCCAAACAGUAGAAAGUUUCAAGGAAGCUGCUCAACAAGGUGCUAAAGCAGCAGGUUUUGCUUUUAGUGUGUCAUCAUCAAAAAUGUCACAUAAUAAAAAAGGUGGCCAAGCUUCCUAUAUUAUUUUACAAUAUACAAUGGAGGGCGAGUAUAGAAAUAAUCAUAAUAUUAUUGAAGAAACCAGAAAAAGAAUUAAAUUUACAAAGCAUCAAGGCUGCCCUGUUGCUUUGUAUGCUGUUUUGGAUGAGAAAGCUAGUGUUUGGAUACUUAAUACAGAACAAAAGGAGCUAGUUCAUAUGAUGCUCAAAAGUGAAGUGCCAAUUCAGUCAGUUGCUGAUGCAGUACAAUGGAAGCAUGGUACUGUGUAUACGAAAGAUAUUGUUAAUGAACAUGAUAGAAUUAGAAAUGCUCUGAAUGAAGGCUCAAAUAAUGAUACAACUAUGCGGCUUUUGCAGAUAUUAGAAGAAUGCCAGUAUGUAGUUCGCCAUCUAUUAUCAAAAGAUGAUUGUAUGAAAAACCUAUUUUUUACCCAUAUUGAAGCUGUGCGUCGUGCUGCUAUAUGUCUGGAGGUGCUAAUCAUUAAUGCAACUUAUAAAACAAAUUUGUACAAGCUCUCUUUAAUAAAUUCUGUUGGUGUUAAUAAUAUUGGCAAAGCAAAAUCCCUUGAUAUAUAUCAAAUCACAAUGGCAUGGUUUUUAAAUACGUUAAAAGAAACAGUCUAUGAUACUUUUUUUUGUUCUCCAGAAGUAUUUGUUUCAGAUAAAUCCCAAGCUCUUCGAAAUGCAGCAAAUAAAUUUUUUGAUUCUGAUAAUGAUUAUGAAAAAUUAUUGCUAUCAAUUCAAAAAGUUGCUUAUCCCAAGGAGAUGAGUAUAGUCGAAAAAGCAUUUGAAGAGGUAAAGCAAGCAGCAAUGAAGAGUAGAGACCCUAAUUAUAUUCAAAAUUACUUUGAGAAAUGGAAAAAAGGUUCAGAAUGUUGGAUGCAUGUUUAUACAAAACAUUAUUCUUAUAUGGGAGUUCAAUCAAUGCAACAAGCAGAAAGAAGCCAUAACAGUUUAAAAAAAGCAAUUGAGGCAGCAAGCGGGCUAGAUCAGGCAAUUAAUCAAAUAAAAAAAGAAAUAUGUGAGGCUCAAGAAAAUUAUGAUAAUACAAAUAAUAGCGUUUGCAACUGUAGCUUGAGACUAAAUUUCAAACUACCAUAUCAUCACAUAAUUCUAUCAACAGGAUCCAUCCCACUUUCAAUUAUCCACCUCCGCUGGCUUCUAAAACAUAAUUUUGUACCUUUAUUACCUUCAUCUUUGUCAACUGAUACAGCUUUUAAUAAGGCUUUGUAUAUGGUUGAAGAAAAAUAUGCAAAUUUAAAUGAUAGUUGGUCUAAAGCUUUAUUGUUACAUAAAAUCGAAGCAUUUAUUGCUGAAGAAAUUGUAAUUCCAAAAACACCAGCUGCUAAAAAAAAAGAAAAAAAUACACCAAAAUUUACAACUGAUUUACCAAAAUCACAGCAGCUUUUAUAUCAUGACCAAAUACUUACCUAUAUGCAUGAACAUAUAAAAAAGAUAAUUAAUGUGAAUGGAGAUAGUAAUUCCAACGAUGAUUAUGAGACAAUUAUGAAAGAGAUCUCUUGGGCAAAUGGCCCUUGUACAUUCGAACAUUGGAUGAGAAUGCUACAGAUGGGAGAUGUUAUAGCAAAUGUCUACCAAAGGCCAUUGUACUUUUUUUCACUACAAAUUAAUUUUACCUUUCUUCCAUAUCAUCAUCCAUUAAAUCGAAAUGAAGCACUUGCAAUAGCCUUCGUUAAUAAUAAUCAUUAUGUGGCUAUUACAUUGAAGCCUGAUGCCCCUGUACUAUCAAUUGUAAAUCGAUGGACACAGUUUGCUACCUCGACUGCGAUAAGAUGGAAGCUACUAAUUCAAAAUCAUAUUGAUUGCUUUUUUAUAAUAAGUAGUUCAUCUAACGAAGUAGAUCAAAAAAUAAUAAUAAUAAAUUAA